CAGAUCCUGAAAGAAGCUCAAAAUUGGAAGAAGCUCGAAUCAUGAAGCUCAUGCAAGAAGCAGACGAUGCAAAUCGCGACAAAAAGCUUCUGAAAUCCCAAGUGGAGAAGCGUCGCCGUGAAAGAAUGAACCACAGUUUGGAGCGUUUGAGGAGCAUGUUGAUGCAAGAGCCGCAGCAACAACAGCAGCAGGGUGCAUCCCAGCGUCGCGUGGAGAAGACCGAGAUCCUGGAGCACACUGUCCUGUUCCUGCACAACACCAGUAAGGCAACGAGCGGGGCGCAACCGCAACAACACUCCUUCCAAGACGGCUUCCACACUUGCCUCCAAAGAGCCGCCCACUUCCUGGGCCCCCAAGGCAAAGGGUUGUGGCUAGCCCUGGAUGCCACUUUGGCCCCCCGUUCACCUUCGUCUUCCUCAUCCUCUUCCUCGGUCCUCCACGCGCUGAGACACAAGUCCAAGCACAACCGGCGAGCGGCGGCUCCGCCCCCCAGGACCCCACCGCAGGGGCCAAACUGGCUGGGGACGUGCAUGGAGAGCCCCCCGGCGGAAGGCCCUUCGUUGGGCCAGAGCGUGUGGAGGCCUUGGCCCUGAACAGUGAACUUUGACUCCUCUUUCCUCUCUAUUAUCUCUUAUGGUGUAAAUAGUGUAAAGACGUUAUUUGUACUAUAGUGCCACUCGGGACGGGAGCUGGAUUUUACCGCCCCCGUGUGUCCAUUCCAGAGGUGAGUUGUCACACGCGCAUACAGACGCACAACCAGGAGCGUGGAUCAUAACCAAGUGUCCUGUCUUGUUUCCAGCUGCUUUGAGGUACGAGGGGCCCCACCCCCACUCACAUCCACAAGUCAUGAACAACCUCUGUGAACCCUCCUGAUGAUAAUAUAUAAUUUGUAUAUUUUGCACACUAACUUAUUGCACAUGUCUCCCUAUGGUGAGAUUGUAUUGCCUUUGUUACAAUUAAAUAU